AGCUUCAGAAGAUCUCAUAGCCCCUUCCGAGGGCGACUUCACUGACAUUGGUUGCUACGUCGCACCACGACCUAAUCGAGCCUAUAUCUCGUUAAUACUUCCUUCCGAUCGUCGUACCACGCGAAGAGUAGCCGGGGAGCGUUCGACUACAAUACCGUAGGAAUGGGCGCCACGAUCUCAAAAGUGCUUCGGUCUCGCAGAGCGCCGAGCCGCAAGGACAAGGUGGAGCAUUGCACUUGCUGCCUCUGCCAGCUAGGCAAAGUACCUCAACCGCUGUUUGUCCCAAAGUCGACAUCCCAUGUAUAUACGCGCCUCGCUUCGCUAGCGCCCUCCAAAGUCACCCAGCCUGUCAUUACUCCGUUUCGAUUCCUCGAUCUUCCGGUAGAGAUACGCUGCCUUGUAUACGAGGAGCUGUUGGUGGUCGGCAAGGUUUAUUUCAAAGACACCGACCAAGAGCACUCGCACACUUUACGGUACCGGGAAAAGGCAUACUAUCAAAAGCCUUUCUUGAAGAUUCUGCAAGUUUGCAAGCUGGUGCAUUGCGAAGCCGAACCGAUCUAUCUUUCGAAGAAUCUGUUCGUCCUGCCGCUGCACUGGCACCUUCAAAUACCAUUUCGUAGGGAAGGGCACACCGAGCCACUCUGUCUCGAAACGCAACAACUGUUCUCAGACAACGGAUUGAAAUAUUUGCAGAGCUUAAGUCUCGCUAUCGACCAAAAGGAUCUGUUCUUGGAUCCGCUGAAUCGUUGGAAUUGCAACACCUGGUUAACGAGAUCGUACGACAGCAUAUCGCAUUAUAGGCGGCACGAUAUAGUCCAUGAGGACAUGCUGGAUCAAUUGUCUGAGAACGACGGAGUAAACUACAACUGGUUGCAAGUAAUGGACACAGUCGGCACCCUUAUCAACAAUUCCAGGCGAGACCACCCACUAAACUACGUGGAGAUAGACUAUACGAACGCAUUUUGUCCGGUAGGGUGCUGCCGUCCAUUGGAGCUGGUGGACUAUGCCUGGAUCCAACAUCUCAAACCGACAUGCAUUGACAUCAUUGGGACGUGGACAGAAAGAGAGGAGAGAAGAAUCCUAUCCCAUAUGGCGGAGGACAAUGACACGGAGCCUGAGAUGCUAAUCGCCCGCCAUGGUGUACAGAUCCGAGAGGCUCGAGACUCAGUCCGAUGGAGCCGCUGGAAACAUGAAGAACCGCAACGCCACGGCGAGGUAGUUGGCUAUCACUGACGGUUUGCGACGCUUACAGUCAGCGGUCUCGGCAUGUGGCAAGAAUAGAGUCAGAUCACUUUGUGGUAGCGAUACAUCGGGAAUUCUUCGAAGAAAUGCUUUGAGCGAAAUUUCGGGGACCCAAGCCUUUGGGGGUGGUCUUAAUAGUGGCGUACGGACCGUGGCCAACGCUGCCAACCGAUUUGGAGAGGGUUCACUAGGAUUUUACAGGAGCUAGGCGCAACCCUGUUGGUGACCGUGAUAUGGUAUCCUAUUCCAGAUACUAAAAGCAAUGAUCUCCUAUUUUGCUAUCUUGUAUCUAUAUCCGAAGCGUUAGGUCCGAGGCCACACUGCACGCACAUAGAUGGCAGC